AUGGGUUAUACUUUGUUAGAGGAUUCAAUUGAAAUAAAUCCAACAUCAUUAAGAAAAUACAAUCAAAAUAUUCAUACAUUACAUACAUUAUGUUUGUCUUUGAAUAAUGCAUUGGAUGGCUCAAAACAUUUUGUUACUCAAGUUGAAGCAUUUAUGGCUUCAUCUUUCAAUUUAGCAAGUGAUUUACAUAAAAUUGGAUUACAAAUACCAGAUAUUGGCGAAUUAUCUGUAACAAUGUCACAAUUGAAUAAGGAAAUCAAUCAAUUAUUACCACAUUCACUAAGAGAAUGUAAAUUAUUAUUGGAAACAGCAUCUGAAAAUCAUGUUGCAAUUGAUCAUACUGAAACUUUUAAGAAUUUAAAGCAAGAGGUCGACAAAUAUCUCAUCGAUUCAAUACAAUAUAGAAGAGAAUUGAAGCAGUUACUUAUAAAAAAUACAAAAUCAUCGUCAGACAGCCAGAACGACAAGAUCUCUUUGGUAAUGGCAAAGAUAACAUCUUCAAUCGGUCAAUAUCAACGUUAUCUAUCAUUAUUAGAAUCAGAGCUAAGUGAAUUCUGUGGAAAUAGACAUAAAUAUUUAUUAACAUUAUCUAAAAGUAUAUUAAAUUUACAUCAUUUAGUACAUUUUGGUAGAAAAAUGGAUUCAAUUAGUCCAGAUACUGGUGUAAGAAGUUCAACUACAAUUCAUAGUAAAUAUAAUUAUAAUGCAAUUCCAGAUUUAAAUAGUAGUAAUAAUAAUAAUAAUAAUAGUAAUAAUAAUAAUAAUGGGAAUAAUACAACUAGAAAAUUAAGUUAUAAACCACCAUCAUCAUUCAAAGAGAUUGUUUUAGACCCAGUAUUUUUAAAGGCAUUUACAAUGUUCUCAGAGAAACAACAUGGUUUGGAGAAUCUAUUGUUUUGGAUCGACGCUCAAUCCAUAAAGAGUUUGGAGAACGACCUUGAGAAUCUGUCGACGAAUCGCGAAACCAUCAGAACUCAAUACAUAAAUGUGUACAACAACUAUAUUGCGAGUGGUGCCAACUAUGAGAUUAACAUUGACUCUGAGUCGCGUAAUGAAAUCGAGGAGCGUCGUCUCAACUUGUUCACCGACGAUCCUUUCUUCCCGUCGUUGAUCAGCUCGGUAGAGUCGAUCGAGGGCAUUCUCAACUACUCGAUAUUCCCACUGUUUGUCAAGUCGCCGCUCUACCACGCCGCCAUCCUCAUGAACAAAUCGGCGUCACAUACUGCCCCCACCCAAGGACUGGGUGCACUCCUACAGAGUUUGGAUGCACUCAUUCGUAAUCCCAUCGGUUUAGAGUAUUUCCUGUUAUAUUUAUCACGUUCCACCGCGAAUACAAGCAGUCCUACGACAUCGCCACCCACCACUCCACUCUCCAACUCGCCACCUUCACCCAACUCACUGUCGCCACGUUCCAUCAUCUCGAUGAUAUCGCCACUGUCAGUCUCACAGACCGAAGCUAAAAACAUGGUUUACUUUUGGUUGGAGGUCAACAAGUAUCGUGAACUCUCGGACGAAUAUCUCGAGUCGUACGCAAUGGAUAUUUUCACCACCUACUUGAAAGUCAACGCUGAGAAAGAGUUGACCACCUUUAGCAACUCGCGUUAUCACAACACCAUCCAAGACAACAUCAGCUCAAAGAAUAUCAGUCGUGAACUCUUUGCUUCGCUGCUGCAGGAUGUCAUUUUCCAACUGACCAACUCGCACUUCCCUGCGUUCCUUCAACACCAAGUCUGCAGAGACAUGAUGGCACGUGAAGAAAAGAUGUUGAAAUAUCUCGAAAAAGACAAAGGACGUACCAAACCAAGUGAGAAUAAAGUGGAGCAACAAUUUGAGCAUAUCUCAAAGGAGAAGGCAAAGACACCGCCCGCGCGUCUCACCUCCAUCAAACCAGGCACCAAUUUGAUGCCCAUCAAUGAGCGAAGCAAUAGUAUUGUAAGACCGAGCCCGGGCAACGGUACACCUCCCAGCAGCGCUCAGCAUCUCAAAGAACUUCCUCCACUUCCACCAAAGCGUGGACUGACUUCAAGUAGUAACAGUGCCGCCGGCGAUUUAUCGUCUUCCGGUGGAAGUGUAGACCAUGAAACAACCACCACCAACAACAACUCACCACAUCUCUCAUCAUCCGGUAACAGUAGCAACUCUGGCAGCGCGCUCAACGUCUCCAAAAUAUUCUCACCCAACAUCAUGUCGGUUUCCUCACUCUCCAACAAGAAGAGUAGCAGUAACUUGAACGACUACAUUGUAUCUUCAUCUUCGCCAACACUCAACAGCAGUGGUCACCACGGCCACCAUCAUCAUUCUCCCAACUACAGUAUCAACGUCAGUGGAGGUGCCGCCACCAUUUCCUCACCAAGCUUGUCGGCCUCACAAACAUCGCCAACCUCUGACAAACCCAAUGAAGUAUUCAAUUUUAUUUUAACAGAUCAAUCGUGGUUGGAUGCAUUCAAGCGAUUUGUAAAGUCUGAGAAAUGCGAGGAGUUGUUGCUCUGCUGGAUGGAUUUGGAGCGAUAUGCCAACCGUGGCACCAAAGUAUCGAUCGCAUCCGCUCAGAACAUCUACGAUAAUUUCUUCCAAGAUGGAUCGCCACUCGAAGUCAACCUCGAAAUUGAGGUCAAGAAUCAAAUGCGUGAUGCACUCAAAAACAAAAACAUGGAAGAAAUCGAAGUGGCCAUUCGUAUUUCCAGUCAAUCGGCAUUCGAAUUGCUACGUGUCGAUACCUUUAGUCGUUUCCUAAAGAGCCCAAUCUAUCGUGAGGUAUCCAACCAACUUGGUGAUCCAUUCGAAGCGAAAAACAGAAAGAAACUAUUAUCAAAGAAAUAA